ACCAGUCAGCUGGAGAACUGAGCGGCGAAAACAGAGAACGUGGUUUGAUACACCAGACUUAAAGAAAGUAUUUUGCUUUUUAUACAGUCUUUAAAAGACAUUUAUUGGAAUCUAGUCGGCCUUUUUUUAUUUUGACAAGACAAACAGACCGUUGCUUUAAAGGAAAGCAUGGCGCUGUCUUUGUCUUCCCCGUAUGGAUGUCACUCUGAUGAUGAAGAGGAUCUGGCUGUGUUUGAGUCCACAGCAGCAGAGCUGUGGACUCAAGGAGGAAUGACCAGACCACGUCUGCCUGAGAUCUCUGUUAUUUCGCCCGGGCUCGAAACCAGGCCAACCAUUUCACAGCUGAAAGUUGCUGCGAAACCUGGCAGUUCUGAUGAGGGGACCUCAGAAAGGGUGAAAGUUUUUCUGCGCAUCCGCCCACUGACUGACUCAGAAAAAGGACAAGAGCAGGGCUGUGUGGCGAUCCAGGAUGAGGAGACAUUGCUGCUCAAAGCUCCAUAUGAGUCUCAGAACAUGAGGAUGGCAGAAAGAGGAAUCACCCAGAGCAUUCACAAGUUCAGUUUCUCGAAGAUAUUUGGUCCAGAAACGACUCAGCAACAGAUCUAUGAAGGCACAAUGAAGAAAAUGGUGAGCGAUGUUCUCAAAGGAGAAAACAGGCUUCUCUACACUUAUGGCGUCACCAACUCUGGAAAGACUUACACCAUUCAAGGCAAUGGUCGAGAGGCAGGUCUGUUGCCACGGGCGUUGGUGUCUCUGUUCAGGAAGCUGCAGGGUCGUCUCUAUGGUGCGAUGGACCUGAAGCCCGUCAUGUAUCAGGAUGUCAGGCAGCUGGACAAUAGUGAGAUCAAGAUGGAAGAAAUACGAAGAAACUCCCUGCUCAAAGAGGAUGAAAAUCAAACUUCUCGUCGAGCUGGAACCACCACAGCCUGGGACAGUGGCAUUGGAGGGCUUUCUUCCACCACACACACUGCUACUCAGCUUGAAGACACGGACAGCGUGUGUCUGGAUCCCAACAGUCUGUCACUCAGUGGAGGCUGUGACCUAGAGGAGGGGUUGCAGUUUUCUGUCUGGGUUUCCUUCUAUGAGAUCUACAAUGAGUUCCUGUAUGAUCUGCUGGAUGCUUCGCCCUCCCAGCAGCCCCGAAAAAGAGUUACUCUGCGGCUCAGUGAUGACAAGCAGGGCAAUCCUUACGUCAAAGAUCUCACUUGGAUUCAGAUUCGCAGCGCUGAGGAGGCCUGGAGGAUCCUGAAGGCGGGACGGCGUAACCAAAGCUUCGCCAGCACUCACCUAAACAAAAACUCCAGCAGAAGCCACAGCAUCUUCUCCAUCCGCAUCCUUCAUGUUCACCCAGAAGCCAGUUCAGGCCAGACCAUGCACAUCAGCGAGCUGACUGUGUGCGAUCUGGCCGGGUCGGAGCGCUGUAAAGAGCAGCAUAAUGGUGAGAGGAUGAAGGAGGCCAACAACAUCAACACCUCCCUCCUGACGCUGGGACGCUGCAUCGCUGCUUUGAGGCACAACCAAAACAAUAAGUCCAGGCCCCCGCAGGUGGUUCCUUUCAGGGACAGCAAACUGACCCGGGUCCUGCAGGGCUUCUUCUGCGGCAGAGGAAUCUCCUGCAUGGUGGUCAACAUCAAUCCAUGCACCUCCAUUUAUGAUGAGACCCUUCAGGCACUCAAGUUCUCUGCUAUAGCUACACAGCUUGUCCACGGCCCGUCCACUAAGACCAGAGUGGCCUACAUCCUCUCUCUGCUCCGAGACCCUGCAGCACAUGGCAGUGAAAACACUGUGAUAGAGGAGGAAGAGGAUGAAAGUGACGUAGAGGAUGGAGAUAUCACCUUGUUGAAUACGGAGUCUCUACUGCAGGCCAUCGACGUCCUGAAGAGAGAAGUGCGGCGCCAGCGGGAAGAAAAAGAAGUCCUGGAGGCUAAUGUGAGAGAGCAGGUUGUCUCUGAAAUGAUGGAAGUCAUCACAGGAAUGCAAGAGGGAUUCACUGAGACGUUGGAGGCUGAGAGGGCGCUGAUCGAAGAGAGGUAUGAGGACAAAAUAUGUAAUCUGCAGAAACAUCUGAAGAAAUUCUACAGCGAGGAGCUGAAGGAGCGUGAUCAGGAAAUUGAAGCUUUGGCUGCUGCCCUUGACAAAAAGCAGAAGGAAGAUGGCGGCUCCAUGACAGCACCACCCGUAGAGUCAGAGGGGCCUCGGCGCUCUCACCGCCUCUCCUCUCAGACUGAGCUGAACCAACUGCGUGCUGAACUCGACCAGUGUCGCGCUGAGCUUCUCACCAAGACCCAGGACCUGGUGAGGCUGAGGAUGAAGCUGGAUGUGCCAGGUUCUGCCGGCGCCCUCACCGCCGCAGCGGAUCGCAAGCUGCAGGAGGGUCAGCGGAACCUGCGCCAGCUCCGACUGGACCUGCAGAAGCUGGGAGUGGAUCUGCAGUCUGGUGAAAGAGCUUGUUGCCGCAACACAGGAGGAGAGAGGCUGCGGCACACACUCACUGCUGCAGACGAUACUCUUGCCAAACAGAACCAGAUCCUGCUGGAGCUUCAGAAUGACCUCACUCUGGUCAAAGCAGACUUGCGGCGGAAGGCGGAGACCCUGGCGGGCCGCGCACAGCCUCCCACUACAACUUUUGCCGCACCCACUACUCCAGGCUCCUGCAAAAAGAGGGGCUGCAUGGCAACUACGCCGAGCGAAUGCGAAAACCGGCUGCCCCAGAAACGGCCCUUUUUCCAGUCUCUGUUUCCGACUCGCACCCCUUCGCGUAAAUGCAACGCCCAUGCAGCUGCAGAAUCCAGCUUGACUCCAUCUUCGCGAAUCUUGCGCUCCCGUCAGCCGUCUCCACCCCCGAGUCCCCUCCUCACCCCACGGAGCCUCAGAGGAAAAUACUGAGCUGUUUUUUAAAAUGGUUCGAUUAAGCUUUCUGAUUCAAUGCUAAAUUUAUCAGCUGGUUACCUUUAUAUUUUUAUGCUGUCUUUUUUAUAUAUUUACUUUUUGCAGUCAUCCAAAAUAUGACUAUCAGUUAAUGCCAGUAAAAUGAUCAAUGCUUUAAGAUUUUUCUCUGGGAUUAAAGGACUGUAAGGUCAGAGUCGUGCAUGUCUGUAAAUCAGCUUCCUGUGCCUUGGCGACAAAUAUUUCCCUAACACCACAAUAAAUGUCUGAACUGUGUGAUUAUAAUGGACAAAGCUCAUGCACAGCGAAUUAAACAACUAAAUGUUCACUUGCUGCUUCUAUGUUUUCUAGUUUCUAUUCUAAAGUAGAACUUUUUCUUGUCUUGUCCCAUUUGUAUGGGCUGCGUGCCAAAAGUUCUGUUUGUUACAUUUUCAUGUUCUGUUUCAUAUUGUGUCUAAGAGGUUUUAGGGAUUUUUGUUUGAAAAAUAAAAUGCAGUAUAUUAUGUAGCAU